AUCGCGUGUUUUAUACCGUUAACUUUGUUUUCAGAUCUUUUUCAUUUUUGGUGUAAGUGUUUGCCCAAUUUAUGUAUUUGAUUACAUGGCCUUGGUCCCAAGUCAAAUUUGGCAAUUUUGAUCAUUUUUGAAACAUUUCGAAAUUAGCAAAAAACUAACACUUUUCGCACGGGCACGGGGGUGGUAAAUAACUGAUGUAACCACAUUAUAGUUAGGAUUAUGACAACAAAUGCUAGGAUUGAUCUCGAAUCUCAAUUGUAAGCUCGGUUACCUCAGACAAGGGGCGAGUUAUCAAUUCCAGGGGAAAUUUCAUUACCAACACAAAACUCUUCGGUUUAGAAUUUAUGUGCGAUAUAUGAGUUGGGAUUCACUAAUUUCCACAUAUUUUGUCGUUAAGAGGUACCUUUAAAACACAUACCCCGCAAGAUGGCGCCAUAAUUCCAAAAUUAAGUAUAUAAUGGAAGUACAAUUUUUUGGGGCACUGCAAAUGCCUUUCUGUUUGAAAAAUAUCUAUGAAAUAUGAGUAUUGAGUAUAUAGUUACACUUUUUCGUACAGAGAUCUAGGCUAGUAAAUAAACUUUGAUCAAAAUCUCGCCAUAGAGUGGGUUCAAUCUCGCAAUUUUAUCUCGCACUUAACCUUGCCUUGUGACAAAGCCGUAAUUAAUUAUUUAAUCUAUCGGUUGAUUCCGAGGUUGAUUCACUGUUCAAAUAUGUUACAUUAAGGUGAGUUAGUGUUCAUUGAGGAAGUACAGUGCGCGAAAUAUCUUUGUCUAUUUGGCAUACACAGUAGGUAUAGAUCAUGUGGAUUCUUCACUGGUUAGUUGGUAUGGUAGUGGCUGACAUCGUCAUCAGUUCAAAAAUAUUGGGUAUUAUACCGACGCCAUCAUACAGCCACCAAGUGGUAUUUCAGGCCUUGUGGAGGGAAUUAUCCCUUCGGGGCCACCAGGUUACCACAAUAACGACGCAUCCCCUUAAAGAUCCAGCGCUGACUAAUUUAACGGAAAUCGAUUUGCACUUCAGCACCGAGUUAUGGAAGAAGGGGGUGGCGGAAAACAUAUUUGAUUACAAAUCAAACCCAAUUGGAUCACUAAUCAAAAUGAUGUCGUCUGUAUUCGAAAUUCAAGAGCAGCAAAUGAGACACGAAGGCGUGCGACAGCUACUGGAAAGCGAGCAAGAAUUUGAUCUUGCAAUUAUUGAAGCACACGCCACCGUAUCGCACGCCUUUGUAGCAAGAUUCAAUUGUCCGCACAUCGGAAUGCUAUCAUAUGAUGCACCCGGUUGGCUAUACGAAACCAUAGGGAAUCCCACUCACCCAGUCCUGUAUCCUCAUGAUUUUUUUGACUUUUACGAACAUUUGCCAUUUCUUCAGCGGAUUACAAGUGUAAUAUCCGACGCUGCCUUUAAACUAAUGAUCUGGUACAGUUACCCCUAUCUCGAUCAACUAGUAAGGCAGUACUUCGGCCCUAAUUACCCACCUUUGAAAAGCAUCAUGGACAAUACAAGCAUGCUCUUUGUAAACACGGACCCAGUUUUUUACAAGGUUAGACCACUCAUGCCGGUCGUUAUUCAAAUUGGAAGCGGAACGCAUAUCCAAGCCCCACGUCCGCUGCCAAAGGAAUUAAAAGUCAUGCUGGAUAACGCUACAAAUGGGUUCAUCUACUUCGCUUUAGGCUCCAAUGUCGAAAGCCGGGGCAUUCCGCUGGAAACCCGCAGGGUUAUAAUAGAGACCUUCUCCGAGUUGCCCUACACAGUAUUGUGGAAAUUCGAGUCGGACUUACCUAACAAACCCGAAAACGUGUUCACAUCGAAGUGGAUUCCCCAACAGGACGUUUUGAGGCAUCCCAAUAUAAAACUAUUUAUAACGCAGGGAGGCAUGCAGUCCUCUGAAGAAGCGCUUUACAGUGGCGUUCCGAUCAUCGGCAUGCCGUUCUUUGGCGACCAGUUCGGCAACAUUGGCAAAAUGGUGCACAUGGGGAUGGGGCUAUCAGUUGACUUUGAGAAUUUAAAUAAAGGGGAGUUUAAAUCGAAAAUUCUUGAAGUGAUUCAAAAUCCAAUGUACCGAACCAAUGUAGAAAAAGUGGCAAAUUUGGCGAGGGACCAACCGUUAACUGGACUGGAACGGGCCGUUUGGUGGAGCGAGUAUGUGAUACGGCAUAAGGGUGCGAAACAUCUCAGAAGUCCAAUGUUAGACGUACCUUGGUACCAAUACCUUCUCCUAGACGUGCUUGGUGUUUUAUUACUUUGCCUCGGCUUAUCCCUAUUUAUUGCAUAUAAAUUCACUAAGGGUGUUUUUCGUUUAGUGUUUCGCAGAUUUGUGAAUUAUAAAAAGAAGAUUCAAUAAAAUUUGCAUUAUCAUUAUAAUA